GGCGGGCGGCAGUCGGGCGGCAGCGGCCGGUGCGGGAGGCGGCGCGGGCGCGCCCAUGGUGCGGCAUGUCCAAGACGCUGCGGAAGAAGCGGCACUGGCUGAGCAAGGUGCAGGAGUGCGUGGUGUCCUGGGGCGGCCCGGCGGGCCCCGACCCCGAGCUGCUGCACGGCGGCGCCGAGCGCGGCGAGUUCCCGUACCUGGCGGGCCGCCUGCCGACGGGAGCCGAGGGCGCGCCGGGCCCCGCGCUGCUGUCGGGCAAAGCGCCGGCGCCGGGAGACGUGCUGCUGGAGGUGAACGGCACCCCGGUGAGCGGCCUGACGCACCGCGACACGCUGGCCGUCAUCCGGCACUUCAGGGAGCCCGUGCGCCUCAAGACCGUGCGCCCAGGAAAAGUCAUCAACAAAGAUCUGCGUCACUAUUUGAGCCUGCAGUUCCAAAAGGGCUCCAUAGACCAUAAACUCCAGCAAGUGAUCAGAGACAAUCUCUACUUGAGAACCAUCCCUUGCACUACGAGGGCUCCCAGAGAUGGGGAAGUCCCCGGCGUAGACUAUAAUUUCAUUCCUGUUGAGCAAUUCAAAGCACUGGAAGAAAGUGGAGCCUUGCUAGAAAGUGGAACGUAUGAUGGUAAUUUUUAUGGUACUCCGAAGCCUCCAGCAGAGCCCAGCCCCUUUCAGCCUGAUCCGGUGGAUCAAGUUCUCUUUGACAAUGAUUUUGAUACUGAAUCACAGAGGAAAAGAACCACAUCAGUCAGCAAAAUGCAAAGGAUGGACAGUUCUCUCCCUGAAGAUGAGGAAGAGGAGGAAAAGGAAGCGGUUAAUGGCAGCGGAGGGAUAGAAAACAAAGAAAAACACUCAGAUUCUUCUGACUGGAUGAAACCUGUUCCCAGUUACAACCAGACAAGCAGCUCCAUGGACUUCAGAAAUUACAUGUCAAGGGAUGAAACCCUGGAACCUCUGCCCAAGAACUGGGAGAUGGCCUACACUGACACUGGCAUGAUCUACUUCAUCGAUCACAACACCAAGACAACCACAUGGCUCGAUCCACGGCUCUGUAAGAAAGCCAAAGCUCCUGAAGAUUGUGAAGAUGGAGAACUUCCUUAUGGAUGGGAAAAAAUAGAAGAUCCACAGUAUGGAACAUAUUACGUCGAUCAUAUUAACCAGAAAACUCAGUUUGAAAACCCAGUGUUGGAAGCCAAAAGGAAAAAACAGCUAGGACAGACUGAUGGUGGCCCUUCAAAAUCAGUGCCAGAGAAGUCUCUCUUCACCAGAGAUCCAUCCCAGCUCAUAGGAGCACUUAUACGGACAUCACUGAAAAAAAGUACGAUGGGUUUUGGUUUUACAAUUAUCGGAGGGGACAGGCCUGAUGAGUUUCUCCAGGUGAAGAAUGUGUUAAAAGAUGGACCUGCUGCACAGGAUGGGAGAAUCGCACCAGGUGAUGUCAUUGUAGACAUAAAUGGAAACUGUGUCCUUGGCCAUACCCACGCAGAUGUUGUCCAGAUGUUUCAGCUGGUUCCUGUCAACCAGUAUGUAAACAUGACUUUGUGUCGUGGCUACCCUCUUCCUGAUGACAAUGAGGACCCAGUUGUAGAUAUAGUGACUGCUACGCCUAUUAUCAAUGGACCACCUGUGACCAAAGGAGACAUUUGUCUGACCAGCCAAGAGUUAAUAGCCGGAACAGUUGUGUUGGACCAGAAUGGAAAAACAGGCCCAAUGUUGGUCAAUGGUCGUCUCAAUGGCCCCUCCAUGGAUACAAAUGAGCAGAGGAUCUCUGUUGCAUCUUCAGGAGGCUCUCAGCCAGAGCUGGUCACCAUCCCACUGGUCAAAGGUCCUAAAGGCUUUGGGUUUGCCAUUGCAGACAGUCCUACAGGACAGAAGGUAAAAAUGAUUUUAGACAGCCAGUGGUGCCAAGGACUUCAGAAAGGGGAUGUAAUCAAGGAGAUCUGCCAUCAGAACGUACAGAGCUUGACACAUCUGCAGGUCGUGGAGGUACUGAAGCAGUUUCCAAUAGGAGCAGAGGUACCACUGCUCAUCUUAAGAGGAGGUCCACCCUCACCUACUAAAACUGGCAAAAUGAAGGACAAGCAGGAGAGUUCAGGGAGUUUGGAAGCGCUCAGUGAUGCCAUCCCACAGCCUAUGCCUUUCCCUCCCACUGCUGUAAGAUCAGGUUCUCCUAAACUGGACCCUUCAGAAGUCUACUUGAAGUCCAAGACUAUGUAUGAGGACAAACCUCCAAACACGAGAGAUUUGGAUGUUUUCCUGCGAAAACAAGAGUCGGGCUUCGGAUUCCGUGUGCUUGGAGGGGACGGACCGGAUCAGCCUAUUUAUAUUGGAGCCAUAAUCCCAUUGGGAGCGGCAGAAAAAGACGGCAGGCUUCGAGCUGCUGAUGAACUGAUGUGCAUCGAUGGAGUCCCUGUUAAGGGGAAGUCACACAAACAAGUUCUGGACUUAAUGACCAGUGCUGCACGGAACGGUCAGGUGCUGCUCACGGUCCGGAGGAAGAUCUUCUUUGGAGGAGAAAAGCAAGCAGAGGAGGAGGAGUCGCAGGCUGUGGUGACGCAGAACAGCUCUCCCCGCCUGAAUCGGGCAGAGUUUGCAACCCAGCAGUCCCCAGAGGUCUAUGAUGUCUGUCUGCAGCGGAAGGAGAACGAAGGAUUUGGCUUUGUCAUUCUCACCUCCAAAAACAAACCUCCUCCUGGCGUGAUUCCCCACAAGAUAGGGCGUGUGAUAGAUGGGAGCCCAGCAGAUCAGUGCGGGAAGCUGAAGGUGGGAGACCGCAUCUCGGCGGUGAAUGGGCAGUCCAUCGUGGAGCUCUCCCACGACAGCAUCGUGCAGCUGAUCAAAGAUGCAGGCCACGUGGUGACUCUGACCGUCGUUGCUGAGGAAGAACACCGUGGUCCUCCGUCAGGAACAAACUCUGCCAAGCAGAGCCCAGCUCCUCAGCACCGACCUCUGGGACCAGCACAGAGCAGUGCUUCAAGCACGGACAGGGGAGCUACGGAAGGUGAAGCUGGAAAAGAAGUUUCAAACAGUUACAGGCUUUCGUGGCCUGAGCAUAAGCACUUGGCACAACCUGAUGCUGGCAGUGCUUCAGGUGUUGGCAGCCGUCAUUCACAGACACAGAAUUCUGGCUGUUUUCCAGUAGAGUUGGAAAGAGGCCCUCGUGGCUUUGGGUUCAGUCUUCGAGGAGGAAAGGAAUACAACAUGGGUUUAUUCAUCCUUCGGCUUGCUGAAGAUGGACCAGCUGUCAAAGAUGGGAGAGUACAUGUCGGUGACCAAAUAGUUGAAAUUAACGGAGAGCCCACGCAGGGAAUCACUCACACGCGAGCCAUUGAGCUGAUUCAGGCUGGAGGGAACAAAGUUCUGCUGCUGCUGAGACCAGGGACCGGCUUGAUACCAGAUCACAGUUUGGCUCCUUCCAGUUUGUGUCCCUACGUGAAACCUGAGCAGCAUUAAGGGCUUUCAGUGCUUUUCUUGGGUUUUCCUUAAAGACUUGGUGAUUGGGAUAGUUACAAUCCAUCUUCGUCAAAUGUAAUAUAUGAAGAACAGUCACCGUUAUCCUCAUCUUCACAUUCUGCUUCCCCACCUGAAAUGUGUUAUUUUCCAGUACCAGGAGAAGCUUUAAGGAAAGUUCAGCUGUCUGAGAAACUGGAACAAGCAAAGAACACUGUGCCUGAAAAGAUAAGCACUUUAACUGAAAACCAGUUUGAGAUGAAGCCUCCAUCUUCUCCCCAGAGAACAAAGAACAGAUGGGAUCUUCCCUCCAGUACUGGGUUUGAAGUCACAAAAGGUACUUUAGAAUUAGGGACCAGAAAAGACAGAUCUGCGAGCCAAGAAAAGUUCGGGGCAGCCGAAGGACACCAUCCCACAGGAUUGCACAGCCCUAGAAAGAGUGAUGCUGAUAAAACCCACAGCAAUCUCCCACGUAAACCCACAGAAACAGGAAUGAGCAGUAGUAACAGGAAACAGCAUUCCAGUGGAGAUCAAGGCGCGUCUGCCAGUCCUCAGAAGCUUCUCAGUAAGGGAUGCGCGGAAGUGGUAGGCAGGCUGCAGGAGCAUCACGACAGAACUGGUGGUGAUAAGACAACUGCUGAACAGCUGAGAGGUGGAAGUGGUAAAACGGGAGUCACGAGGAAAGACACCAAGCAGAAGGUUUCUGGAAAGAAGGAAUUGUGGUUUUCAGAGAGAAAAUACGCGACGUUGGAUGAGGGCAGAUUUCCAUUCGGUGACUCCAGGAGAAACAGAGCUGAAGAUGAAAAAACGAGGAAGUUGAACUCGGGAGAGCCAGGUUCCAGCAGAUCCAAAACUUCAAGUCUUUCUGAUAUUCCACUGCUCUCCAUGGAGAAACUGAGAAGGCUGGAAGUGCAGGAGAUCGAUGUUCUGAACAGCCAACGUGGAGACGGGCACGGGGAGCUGCCCGAUGAAACCAAAGAUGAUGGAAUUCCCAAACCUGAAAGCAGUUCUCCAGUCAAGAAGACACCAAUAACUCCGGGACCUUGGAGGGUUCCAAGUGCGUGCAAAGUCACCAACACAGCGUGUGAGGCUGAGAAACGGGUCUGACCGAUGCUUGUUUUUAGAAUUAAUUAAUCAGGUUUCUAAUAACGAUCGUUCAGAAGCAUUGUUUCUUUUCACAAAGUUGUCGUAUUUUUUCCAAAACUGCUCAGAGGGUGGAAAGCAUUGGAUUCGUUCUGACAUUAUCUGAGCUGCAUGAAGGAACUUUUGGAUUGCUGACAUGAACUCCUCCAUACGCUGCUGUCCCCUCAUCCUUUUGGAGGCGGUGUUCUGCUGCUCUCAACCUUGCACUGCUGCGGCUCCCUCAGCUCGUAUUGUGAGUUUCUGAACAAAAUUAUUUAAUGCCUAUAUUGCCAAUGUGAUCAUGACUCACUUCUUGUUCUUGUGCCAAGUUAUCUACUGUACCCAGUCAGUCUGAUCCUUUUAUGUAUUCCAGUCACGGAAGAGUCCAGGUUUUGUUGGAAAUGGGUGUUUUCUCCAGAGCAUGUUGCAUGUUUACAUAAGGAAAUGCUCAUCUUCCUCCUGGUCCGGGGAGGAGAUGGGUUGAGUCGGUUCUAUCGAUUCCAGAGCAGCAAAUGAGCCACUGAUGCUGUUCCAAUUGAGCUUUUUCGUAAAUUUUUUUAUACCUAAUAUAAAACCAUGUAGAUAAAAGUUAUAUUUGACAUAAUCGAUGUUUUGUAAUUUUGCUUUUUAUGAACACAACAAAAUUGCUUUCUUUCGAUUCGUGAGGAUGCUUACAGUAACUGCUGGCAAACAUCUGUCCAGAAAGAGGAGGUUCUGGUUCCUGCUGAACAGCACCGUUCCUUCGGUCCAUUUGUGGCACGAUGUCCUCCUUGGACCGUCAACAUAAACAUGGAGUGUGCAUUUGUGUUCAGCCUCGUUCUGCUGCUGCAUACUGAGAAGUCCCAUCUCUUAUUAUUUAUUGCUGCUUCCUAAUCGGAUUUGCUCUCCCUCUGUAGAGCUAAGAAUUGAUCCAUAGGACAGAACCAACCACAUUAACUUCUUAAAUGAAGUUCCUGCCUGUGCAUAUGAGAAGUCUCCCGUAUUUUAUUUUAAAUGUGUGAUCUAAGAGUGCUGAAUAUUAGGAUAUAUGGGGUACACAAGUCCUAAUUUCUCUUCUUUGGGCUAUAGGACAGAUUUUGAGGUCCUGUUGGGGAAUAUUACAAGCAGAACCCACUGACACCUCAGAUCUAUAGCUGUAAGUCAGCAGAAUGCAGAAACCCACGUGGUUUAUAUAUAGUGGCACUUUCCUUUAAUUGGUGCAGAAGAGAAGGUAGUAAAAGCUCAUCAACCCAGUGUGCAGAAGGAAAAAGAGGUGCAGAAGGUCAAGGAUGACUUACAUUAAAAUACAAACAGGUUAUUUGGAAUUGGGGAUCUUGUUUUGGCUUUGAUAUAUGUCAUGGUUUUUUAAACCUAAUGAAGCACGGUGAAUCAGUUCUGAUGGAAGAGUUGUUUCCAAGUGCAGAUGCCCAAACAGCUUUCGGAAGAAACGCUUUGAAAAUGAAAGAGGCUUCAAAGCAGAUCUGAACUGUGCUCUGCUGCUUCACGUUGGGUGAUCCAUCGAUUUGCUGUGCAGCACAUUACCAAACGCUCCACGUUAUGGAGCAUGACUGUGACAAUACUUAAUACUUUGCAGUUAGCCGACGUAGAUAUUAACCAUGUACUCUUAACAAGAGAAUCUGGUUUGUGUUGAGUUGUAUGGACUUGCCCUAACCACCGAGUGCAGUAACAGAUCCAGAAGUGUAGCACAGAGAUGAAUUAGCACCACUGACAUUAAUUCCCUGACAAUUACCCCCAUAUCUUUUCUAUCUAUCAAUGUGACCUCAUUUAGUGUCUGACCUGUGUGUGAUUUCUCCUCCCAUAGAACUUGUAUCUCUACUUACUGUAUCGGAUGACUUAGCAACGUGGCCUUGGGAUGCUAAGCAAUGUAUGGAUGUACUGGGUGUAAAUGUUUAUAUAUUGUACAGCACCUUUAUACAUACUUCUGAGGUUCUGACUAGAGAGAGACCUGUAAAUCGCUCAUUAUUUUUUAUAUAGAUAUUAAAAAGAAACUCUAGUUCAUGGCCUACUGGUUCUGCACUGUAUGAAAUAGAUUCUUUGUGAUGUUCAGUGGUAUAAUACUUCACCCACAAACAUAAUACUCUUCUGGAAAACAAAUGCAGUUUAUUAUUGAAAGUUUCCUUGACUUCCUGCUCAGAUAACAAAUGUUCAACAAAGGUGAUACAGUCAUGAAGUCAUGUAGAAACAGCUGUUGAUGAAGAAAUACUUGUACUGUAGGUUUAUUUGUACAUUUUGAUAUAUAAAGUUGUCAUUUUCUUUUCCAUCUUUCAACCUUUCCUUGUACAGAAAAUAGCUAUAAACAGUUUACUACCAAAAA